AUGUCUACCACAUGUAUUGUCUGAAGAAACCUAUUGCGCACUUCUUAAAUAUUUCGUCAUAUUCUAAGUUUUUAAGGUGACAGGUCAACAUAAUCAGUCACGAAGCCAAAGUAACAAAUAAUUCGAUCGUAUAAAUGAGUAUUUUAAGAAAUACCUUUUCCGAUACCAUGUUUGUAGAUCACGGAAAAACGUCUGUUCUCACGUGCAAAGAUUACGACGCAACCAAAACAAAUUUAAAAGGAAAGCUGCAGUUUUGAGAGUGAAGAAUGUAGAACAUUAUAAAUGAUGACCCACAUUUGUGUAUGGCGUCUACAAUCAAUGUACUCAUGACAUGUUUGAUGAUUCCAAUUUAUGGUGUGAUGAUUGUGAACAAAGUAAUGCUGGGGAAUGCAGCCAUCAUGGUGCACUGCAUAUUGUGUCCGACUCUCCUGUAUUGAGUCGGGCACAACAGUCAUUGCCCACAAUCUUGGAAUUCAGACACAGUGAGGACAAAACUCGAGGGUUGUCAGUGUUCAGCAAAGAAUUCAUCAAACGUCGAACACGAUUUGGACCUCUUCAGGCUCCCAGAAAGAAGGGUCAUGCUUAUAGCAGUGCCAGUAACAUAGCCGGAAGCGCAACGGCUGGGAGAUUGGAAUUUCGCCUUUUUAAAGGUGGUAGGGCGAGUGACAAAGGGCCAGUGGUCUGUUUAAACACGGCGCUAGGCAAUGAAGAUUACUGUAACUGGAUGGUAUUGGUGGCACCCGCCAGAGACCAUCACCAGCAAAACCUUGUUGCAUUCCAGUAUAAUGCCGCUAUAUACUUUGUUACAAUCAAGGACAUUGCACCUGGGGAAGAGCUAAGAGUGUGGUAUGCCAAGGAAUAUGCUGCCAUUAUGGGGACUAGGCCUUUGGCAAAACCAUCUGAUGAGCCUUCUAUAUUGGAAGAAGAGAAUCCACCAACUGUCCGACAGUUGCGUCCAAGGGUUUGCCCUCUUUGUCAGCAGCAGCGCUCAUGUUGUACCUGUCCAUCUCCUUUGCUACGUGGAAGACAGGCUGCUAGACCAUCAAGAAGUGUCCCUGGUACACCAAGGCAGCAGGAAGGGAGAACGAGGAAAGCAGGCAAGGAAGUUUCAAAAUACCACCAUGAGAUAGCACUAUGCACCACGUCUGGGAUCGAAGCUGCAAGUAGUUCAGAGACUCAGUCAUCCUCAGUUUCACCGUCAGCAAGUGGUGGUAGUGCAGUUUCUUGCACAGCAAGUAAACCAGCAAGUACUGAUGUUUCAGUGGAAACCCUUACAAUUCCAGAGUCUUCUAAAAGUUUAAUGACUCAUCUUCCGCAUGAUUCAAGUUAUGUGCAGGAUGCCCAAACCAUGGGAGGGACAGGUUCAGGAUCUCCAAGAAGUAAUGUCCCCGUAAUGUUUGAAAGUAUUUUGGAACCCAUGUUGCAUCAUGUAACUAGUGUCACAUCCAGCAGAACUGGCACCAGUGUUUCUGAAAGCAUUUCUCGUGCACUUCCUGAAAGUGUUCUGAGUUCUGGCGUGCGCAGUGUUGCAUCUCGGAAACAGUAUAGUUCACAGUCCAGCCCAUUGGUUGAAGCAUUAUGUACCAGUGAAAGGGGAAAUACCCCAGCUACUUAUACAAGACACAUAGUUGAGCCUUCAUUAAGUGCAGGAAGAGCCAUUUCCAAUGAGCAGCUGUCUCCGCCACUUUAUUCAGAUGUUCACAUACUUAAAUCACAAUUUAGUGAUGAUAGUGCCUUAGUAAGUACCGGUGAAUUUCAUUAUGCAACAGAAAAAGCGGACAAGAGGAAUAUAGAUAUUUCCUCAGUCAGUGCAGUGGGGAGUUCGUCAACCUUAUCAAGUACAACUUUGCAUAUAAUUGGUGAUGAUGUUCCCAAACCCAAAAGAAGGCCUACUUUGGAGACCUUGACAACACCAUCCUCUAGCAGGAAUGCAUUUAUGUUACUACGCAGUAGUUUGAGACCAAGGACUUUACGACUCAGUUUGAGAAAUAAAAUGGAAUCAAGUUCUGUUGAAGGUGAUCAAAAAUUAGACCAGGCAGGGAAGAGAUUUCAUGAACAAGAAGCAAAACAAAGUGAAGAUAAGAGAACCAAAACAAAGAAAGAUGUAAAAAAUGAUGAGAAUAUUCAGCGGCAGAAAGAGAGAGGUAUGAGUGAAUCUAGUCAGGAAAAGCAGAUUGAAGGAAGCAGUGGUAGUCAGAGUAACAGUGGAGAUUUUGCAGUGGAAAAUGAGUCUGCAUCACAAGGAAAACUUGUAGCUGUUGUUAGGAAGCAGAGUUAUGCUUGUCCAGUUCGUCUGACAAUGUUUAGAAAUCUGAUGAAAUUAAGCCAGCAUGUGGAAUCUCAUUCUGGUGUAACUGGAUCUAGUUUAGCAGUAUCAGGCAGUUUGUCGCCAAAUCCUGGUGGUGGUAAUGGUAGGAAGAAAGGAAGCCACAUAUGUCAUAUUUGCUCCAAAGCAUUCAUUAGUCUAGGAAAGCUAAGUCAACACAUAGAAUUUCAUAUAGGCUCCAGUUCCAGCCUUGAGGAAUUGGAGAUGUCAUCUGUUAUUACAGGCAUCAGAGGAGGCGGAGGAAAGAGGAGAAGUGGCCAUACAUGCCGUGUGUGUUCAAAAGUGUUUGUGAGCCCAGGCCGAUUAAGUAAUCACAUGUAUACUGCCCAUCCAGGGUUGAGUAGUUCUGGUUCUAAUGUGGGAGAAUUGGCAACACCAGGUGUGUCUGCUGUUGCAAGUGUGAGUGGAGUGAAGAAAAAAGGAAACCAUAUAUGCCCAAUUUGCUCUAAAGUGUUCGGUAGUCCUGGGAAGCUAAGUCAGCACAUGUAUUCACAUACAGGUGAGCGUCCAUUUGCGUGUUCUGAAUGCAACAAAGCGUUUUCAUCAAAGUUCAAACUAGUACGCCAUGCAUUGAUCCACUCUUCAGAUUCUGAACGUCGGUAUCGCUGUAAUGCUUGUGAUCGCAGCUUCCAUCGCAAGGAUCACCUCCAGAAUCAUGCGAAGGUUCAUAGUGUGGUCCGUGCACGAUGGCGCUGUGAUCGUUGUGGCAGAGAAUAUGGCUCGCCACUUAGUCAUCGACGCCAUGUGGCAUUACAUGCUGCCCAAGAUGAUGGCGCAUUAGACUGUGGUGUUUGUGGUCGACACUUCAGUACAACCCCAGAUAUCCUUCACCAUCUCAAGGUUCAUACAGGAUCCAGAACAGUGAAGAGUCCAGCAGAUCGUAAAUUUCGGUGUGAUCACUGUGAGCGACGUUUCUUUACACGUAAAGAUGUGCGGAGACACCUUGUAGUUCACACAGGAAAGAGAGACUUUCUAUGCCAGUUUUGUCCCCAGCGCUUUGGACGCAAGGAUCACCUGGUAAGGCACAUCAAGAAAAGUCACCAUCAAGGAAGUGUUCCAGCAACUUCCCGAGGGGCUCGAGGUGGUAGGAGGCAUAAAAUAACUGUCCCUUCUGUCGCACCAUCAAAGUCACUGUUAACCCCAUCCACUUCUACAGCCAGCGCUGAGACCAGAGCAGUAGAACAGCUCCAAACUCAUGCUACUGUUUAUGGACCUACAUCAGGGUUUGAAGGAAGAAUGGAAGAGGUUAUGUUACUAUCAAGAUCACCGCCAUCAUACAUGGAAAGUAAGGUGGAGGAGACUGAAGAGUUGCCUCCUGCUCCAUUGCUUGAAGAUCCUUCUCUAAUAAAGAGACAGAUGGUAGCUUCUCCAGUAUAUGCAGCAGAAGGAACAAAUGUCCCAGGGGCUACAGGUGUGGUACCAAAGUCAGAAGAAUCUUCCAUUCUGCCAGCAGUUCCUGCCUUGGAGCAACCAGCGGGUCCUACGCUGGGGCUAGUAUAUGGUCAUCCACCUCCACCACCAUAUCCAUCUGGUGAUUUGCAAAGUCAGACAUUCAAGGUUUUUGAAGAAGCGAACAGAGAAGAAAUGAUCAAGCUUGAACCACCAUCCUCAUCAAGGGUAGGUGACUUAGCUCACCUGCUGAGUCUUAUUCCGUCCACAUCUCAGUCGUCUGUUCUGUCAGAGACACUGUCUGAGCAAGACAGUUUAUUAAUGGCUGCACAGCAUCUUCGCACUGAGGAAGACAUCCAGAGAUUGUUAACAAGUGGAACAGAGCAAACCCAGUUACUUGCAAGUGAAGAGCACAGUCUGUCAUCACAGUUGCUUCAUUUGAUGGCGACAGCUGCAUCUUCAGUUGUUGGACUAGAUCUUCCAUCAGAAGUAUCAGCUCCUAGUGCCAAUAGUGCUGCUGCUCCUGUUACACCUGAGGAAUCAGAUGUGAUGGCAUCCUUUCUUGCAUCAGGCUCUGGAGAGAGAGAAAUCAUUGCUACUGCAGCUACUACUCCACUUCCUCGCUUUACUCAAGCUUUUCAGAGUCAGCAACAGCAGCAGCAUCAUCAUCAGCAUCAACAACAGCAGCAGCAGCAGCAACAACAACAGCAGCAGCAACAGCAACAGCCGUCAUCACAGCGGCAACAAGAACAGAGGUAGCAACAGUAUUCUGGGUUCGGAUUACAGAAAGGUGCUAAAUUGCAUUGCUGAGUUUAGAUUUUAUAUUACAUGCAUAUUAUGUUUUUAAAAUGUGUGCCUUAAGAACUCAUAUUAUUUGCCAUAACAAUCCGUGAAAAUUUGCAAUCCUAUACUUUCUGGUGGCAGCCAGUGUAAGGAAUGGCAGUCAUCCUAGUUAACCACAGAAACAUUCAGGACCGAAACCUUUCCUCCAUCUGAUAAAAGUAAAGGAUAUUUCACAAAAAAUCAUGCACAUGAAACUGAUUUUAUAUGAAAUUUCAGAAUGUUUACUAAAUAUCUAGUGUUUUAAAGUACUCUAAAGAAAGCUGUGACAUUAUAUGUUGUGUUUCUGAAUUCUUUGGCUCACAUCUUUAUUUCUGCAGAUAUUACCAAGAGAUACAUUAAUUUAAAUCAAGUCUGUGUAAUGAGAAUAUUAAUUAACCUAAGGAAACCACAAGAUUCAGCUUAUAUACAUAGCAUCUUUAAAAUUAGCUCAUGCAAAAAUUUAUAAAAAUAUUAUGUAUCAAGAAGAAACAAAGGUGAUUAUUGUAGUUCAGUGAAUACCAUUCCUGCCUUGUCUUUUGGAUGUACAGAACUCAAUUCCAUAGUGACAAACUAUCAAGAUUUUUUUAUGGUGUUCCUUGCCCAUUAAGAGUGGAAUAAUACCAGAAUUGCAAGUAAAAUAGACCAAAACCUCUUUCUUCCAUGCAUUGUUUGGCUUUCAGGUUAGCUCACUAUAUUGUCACAUUUUUAUGUGUGUGACCAUAGACGGUAUGGAUUUGUGAAUGGAUUUAUUGACCAUUUAUACACACCACUCAUCGCUACAAGUAAUUACAGCACUGUCGCUAAUUUCCACACUUUAGAAAUCACCACAGCACCCUUUAAGCCUUUUCCAACCUGCUGUGUCUUCAUCAGGUGUUCCCUGUGCAAUGGCUUCUAAGAGUGGAGGUUCUUCAACUUCUGUUCAGGUUCUGUCCUCACGGCCUCCCAUGCAGAAUUCAACUCUCAACUGACAACUGACAGCUCACAACCGAACUUUCUCACUCAUCAACCAGCUAUGUUAUAUCACUUCACUCACCUGAACUGCUGACAACUCCAAGCAACAAUUAACUCGUUGCUUCUAACUGUCCUGCUUACAACAUCUCGGCGUGGACCACAUAGAAAACACCGUUCUUCUAUUGUUUCAUAGGUGUCCGUUGCCACAGAAAUGUGUUUACUGAACUGUUGAUUAGCACCGGGUUACAUAACCUUGUUCUUCUAUUGUUGCAUGCAUGUGUGUUGUGGGCAUUACAUAACAGCAGCUGCUGUUUACAGAGUCACUGCUUAACAGUGGGUCUAUAUGCCACAAUAUUAUAAGCUUGAAUAACAUGCAUGAUAAGAACUUUACACACAUACUGAUGACACAGAAAUAAGACUUAAUUUCAUCCACUGGGAAUUUACUCUGAGGGUAAUAUUGUGAAAGGUGAAGUGUUUUUAACACUUCUCUGGUAUUGUGAUUUAAGUGAGGUAAAACGCUGUUAUACAACAGAAUUCUUUAAAAUUUAAAAACUUAUGACAUGGAUAAUUUUGAUGCCGGGAGAAAGACUUGAAUUUCUAUAGAUAAGUAGAAAACUUUUGGUGGUCAUAUUGCGUCUGGAGGAAAGUUUUCAAACUUGACAUAAUUGCAUUGUUACUAGGACAAUGAGGAUAUGAAGUUUUGAGAUAUCAUUAAUAAAAACUUGCAUUCAGGAUGUACUGUUAUAAUAAUAAUGGUUUAUGGUUUUGAAAAAGAAUUUAAAUAAUCUUUACUUACUAUAAUGUUGGUGUCAUUAAAAUUUAUUUGUGUUCUUAAUAUAUUAAAAAUAAAAGAAUGAUUAGGGACAAUAGUCCAGCAGUGGUUACUGCCACAGAUGUUGGGCAAGAGAAUUGAUCAUUGGUUGACUGUUAUGGACAGCGUAUAUAUUCCUUUUCCAGAUUCAGUUUAUGCAGUGUAAUUGUAUGAAUGAAGAAGAAUUUUUAUAUAUAACUCCACCAUGGCAAUAUUUGCCAAAUCUAUCAGCUGCAAUUGAACAAGUGGCCACUUAGUAAUCCAACAUGGUUUCAUCAAAAUAUGGUCUGCAUAUGUUUCUUUCUUGAAAAUGUCUCCAAACUGAGUCCGUUCCCAGUAACCUCAAAACUACUGAGACAUAAUUACAUUUAUUAUCCUUGAGAAAUAAUGCUGAUAGGUUGUAGGGUAAAAGGAGGUAUUGAUACUGCCGUUAGUAGAUAGAUUAUAAAGCCAAGAGUUUGUACUACUGCAGUGCAAGAUGCGUUGAAUGUUACCUUUACCAUAACAGAGCUAGUGUUUUCUUUAUGAAUUGUUAUUGUUGCUGUUUUAUAUAAAUGAACUUAUUGUACUAACUACAAUUACAUAUCUGACUACCAGAAUUCCUCAUGUUUAUAGAAGAAAAUGUGAACGAAGUACCUUAAAUAGUUAACUAUUUUUAUAUAAUAAUGAUUAUUUUUGUAAAUAUACAUGUGAGAUAUUUUGUCUUGUUAUAUGACCUUCAGUAUGUAAUACUGGCAUUGUUGCUGGUCAGCAAAUUGGUCUGUGUUGAAUUUUGUGCAUUUUGCUACGUAAUGCAUGUAAUAUGUUUGAAACCAGUUUUAAAUUUGUAGCAGAUGUAAAAUUGUACAUUUAAGUAUUCACUGUUGAAUAUGUUGGUAGCUUCAGUUAAGAUUCAUGUAGAACUUGCAGGUUCAUCAGUUAUACCUACAUCAAAAUCAAAAGUAAACUGACUCAUUUGAAACCAAAACAGAGACUUAUCAGAUAUUGUUUGUUGUCUUGAUUUAUAAAGUUGCAGAAUAUCCUACUAGCAAUUCUGUUACUAAUAUUCAGUUUUUAUACAUACAACUAAACAAAAAUAUAAAACUAUGAUUCUGUGUAAUACACAUAAUUAGGCAUCUGUAAUAUGUGACAUGUCACAAUUAAGCUUAACAUUCUAAUAUGUAACAAACCUUUCAGGUAAUAUGACUAAAAAGAGCUGUUGUAUGUUGAAAAGUAAGUAGUAAAAGCUGAGGAAUGUAAAUUCUUUCAAUCUCCCACCCAUAUCCUACGAGACGAUGUAGUUGCUAGUAUUUUCUUAUUCAGUUAGUGUGUUGUGAAUUAAAAUUGUUACUAUCACACUGCAUCUGAAAAAAUAUAAUAUUUAAGGGUCUGCAUUUUUCGAACAAAAACAGUACACUGUAAGGAACAUAUAUAACUAAAAUGUUACAUUAUUUAAAAACUGCAGCAUUCGCCCAAAACAUACUUCAUUAUGAUAGAUAUUUAAUUAAGUUUAUCUUCAAUAUGAAGACAACUUCAUAUAUUGUGGUUGUUAUUUGAAAAACAUUAUAAUUUGGGAAGGAAAUGCUUAUAACAUAAAAAUGUCGUCUUUAUAAUAGCUACAUCAUUUAUUAGAUAUACUGUUUGAUCUGCUGAAUAUUUAAUGAAACAUAAUGCAAGCUUGUUUAGUCUCACAAGACUCACUUUGUUUGAAAGCAUUCUUUUAUGUAAUUUGUGUAAAGAAAUGGAGUGAGCAUGAGGAGGACAGCUUAUGGGAGGAUAUAGUUUAGAUGAAGUGUUUUGUCACAACGAAUGACAGUGGUUACAGUACGUCUAAUUAUGGUCUUCUGACUCUUCUCGCCCCUGUUCUGCUAUCAGAGGUAGUGAUAACUUCCAAGAAAAGUAACAGAGCAGUACUCUAGAAUUACUUUCCACAUACUCCAGUAGUAGUAUGACAAUUAAGAUAUUGUUACAUGUAGGAUGGUACGUGUGACGAAAUGUUGGGUUCUGUGUCAGAUGAUUGGAUUUAUUGGCACCUUGGUUACCACCUCUCUUAUUUGCACUGAAAUACAGGCAAUACCGCACUAUCGCUGAUUUGCACACUUUAUAUUUCACCAAUGCACACGCACUAGGAUUCCAGUCUUCACUAGUCGUCUCCUGGCAAUGGUUCUCAACGCAAGAACUCUAAAAGUCUCACUGGAUCACACAUUCCAAAUAUUACACAUAAAUGAAGUCUUCAAAUCACACACAAAGUCUUCACAUGGACUUUCCGUGGCUGUCUCCUACUGAGAACUCACUUGCAACUCUGUCGCUUGAAAACUGAAAUCAGUUCUGUCUAUAACUGUCGGUAUAUAUCCUCUGCAUCGACCACACAGAAAACAACCUCUACUGUUGUAGAGGAGUGUUUACCGUGACAUUGUUUAGCAACGGUUGCGGCACCAACCCCAUAGAAAGCCAGUCACGUGAUAGCCAUCUCGCCAGCCUAUUGGCACACUAACUGUUGCCUAGUAAUGAGCUAUAAACAUUCAUCCUAUUGUUGAGUGCGCUUAUGCAACUGAAGGUUGUUUGAAGGUCACUGCCUAAAACAGUGGUGUGCAGUACUAUUUUUGGCAAGGAAUGUAGUGGUAUCUAAUAAACAAACUGUAGCAAUCUAGUCACCAAAAUUUAUUUGAAGACCAAAUCUAUUCUCCGUUUUGUAUUCCGUUCGAUAAACCUGUAAAUACUGUACUGUUCUCAAGGUGAACAUUGAGUUUAUGAUCAUAUUUCUUCAAAAAGUGAAUUAAUUCCACAUAAUUACCUCGGUCAAUAGAAUCCAUGCUUUCGCCAUGACCACGGAGGGCAAGUUGCCUCUUUCCUAAAUGGCAGAUGAUAUCAAUCGAGCGUUUCAUUAUUUCUCUAUUUUCUUUCUGCUGUAGUAUCAUCAGGCACUUUUGAUUAUCAUGUUGGCAGUCAGUUCAAGAUUUCCCAAACAUAACAAGUUGCACUGUUGAAAUAAUGUGAGUCUGAGAGUUCUCAUGUCGUUUCAACGCUAUAUAAAGGUUGUUGAUAUCACCAAACCCAGUCUUUUUUUCAUUGAGAAACAAUAGGCAUGGCCAACAAAACAGUUUUCCUAUAUUACAGCAACCAGAUAGCCACUCUGUUCUAGAAUACUGUUCCAAAUUAAAUUUCCUCACAUAAUUUGGUUUGUGCUUUAAAUUCUGGCAACUCGCAUGUCAGUCCUCUUUCUAUAAUUAUUUUCUUUUCAGAAAAGUCCCUGCUAUUAAACCCUCAUUUUAAAAGGCUUUCGAUUGCACAGUUGCAGUCGCGUUGUCUGCCAGCAUUCAUUUUAGUUGUGCCCUGUGCAUGUAGUCUAAUCACUCCCCUGCCACUUGUACCACAAUAUCACACGUGCUUCCCUUAAACGCGGAUAGCUUCUUUCUGAUGUGUCAAAAUACGAUCACAAAUACAAUCUUACGCCAUCUAAAUAUGCACUUACAGUAU